CAUUUCUUCUCACCUCUGUUACUUAUCUGGGCAUGAACAUAGGAUUUUCUCUAGACUUUAACCCGUCUCUUGAUUCUGACUAUAGGGAAUUUGCAAGAAUUCAACCGCACAUCCGCGGGGAGGAAUUAUCUCAAGACGAUGCGCUCACGAACAGGCUGCCUCACAUGUCGGACGCGCAAGUUGAAAUGCGACGAGCAGAAACCGCGAUGCUCUCAGUGCCGAAAGGCGGGCAGAGAAUGCCGUCUUAGCGACGCCGUUGUGUUUAGACAUCAGCAAAAUGCCUCAAUGAACCAGGACGAAGGUGGGCUCGGGCCUAGUAGCCUGAAGGGGUUCUAUUCUUAUAAGAAUACAUUUGGCGCAGAUAGUGUCUGGCUGGAUAUACCGAAGGAAGGUGGGUUUCUUUCUCUCAGGGCUCGUACAAUUCUCAGAACAGUCGACUAAGUGGGUGCUCACUUUGAAGUGGUGUUUGUUGAUAACUCGGAUCCUUACGCCGAUGAGCUGGAAGAACAAUUCAAUACAGAUAUGCCUUUAGGCACUCAUGGUGAACCAGCAUGGAGUCAUGGUGGGAAAUACCUGCCACCCUUUACGGAAGCUCAAACACAUGGCCUAGAUGCGCUUUCAGCUGCAGCAACGGCAGAGAACCAUCCCAUCUAUCAAUCUGUCAUGGAUCACAUUGCCGAGAAUAGCAACAGUCAUACCAGACUUGAGACUACUGAACAUCCAGAAGCAACAAUAUCAAGCUCAUCUCCAACUAUUGCCAGGAUCACAGCUGAAGUAUCUCCUGGGUCUCUAGCGUUACCGCUAUCAUCGCCCAAUAAUAACGUCGGUUUCAUAUUGAAUGCAUCCUCCAAUGGUAUGCCACAACCGAUUGACCCUGGUCUUCACUCACCUGAGCAUCAGAGGACCACUUCUUCGGUUUCUCAAGGCUUGACGCAGGUAAUGAGAGUUACUUCUUCAGCUGAAACUGAGCAUGAAGUCGCAUUUUUCCUUCGACAUUUUUCAGAAGGGCCUGGACGGUGGUAAGUGCAAAUAGUGACCACUAUAGAAUGCCUGACAUAGAUAAAGCUAACUAUAGUUCCCAUUUACUUGUAUCAAGGAUGGAUCUAUUUGAUAUUGAGCGAUAUUUUAGCUUACAGGUCCCAGUCAGAGCACUCUCUAAUCCGCUUUUAAAAUAUGCUGCAUGCGCAUAUGCUGCAAAGCAGAUUGGCCGCACUAAGGGAACUAAUGCGGUUACUGGAGGUUCCUGCCUAAGACAGGCAAUGAUGGGGAUGUGGCCUGAUACAGAGAAAGUUGACUGGAAUUACUACGGGAUGAAGUAUUAUGAAAAGGCGAUCCAGCUACUUGUGGAGGAAUUGCAAAACCAUGGGUAUUCUUCUCCGCUAUCUGGGUCACAAACAACUGGAAACUUGCAGGCAGAAGACUCUGGUGCGCCGGAGAACACGAGCAGCAACAGACGGAAGGUCUCCUUUCCUAGCGGCCAAUUAUCUAGUCCACAUUCUGACGAUAUCCUUGCUGCCGUCUCUAUUAUAUCUGCCUACGAAUUUUUGGAUACUACGAGCCCAGUAUGGGACAGGCAUUUUAGUGGUGUAAACUCUUUACUGGACAUUAUGAAAGCAGGAAUGGUACCAGCUGAAAAGCAAAAUUCAUCUGGAAACUCGAAUGUUGCAACCUCCAAACUACAUCAAUUUUCUAAGGCAAGGAAAGCAAUUUUCUGGAAUUUUGUGCGUCAAGACUACCUUUCAGCAUUUAUCAAUGAAACCCUAACUAGGUUGGUCAAUAGUGAGCUAGCAUUAUGGACAGAAGCUGGGCUUCUUCUCGAUGAUGCAGGAUUUGCUCGACAAGAAAGCGCUACUGAACAUAAUGGUUCCAUGAAGGAAGUCAUGAUAUCAAACACCUUGAUGUGGAUCCUUUCUAGAAUUGUUGAUUUCCUAGCUGUUGGUGAUGGUAGCAACCAUGGAGAAAGUUCUACCGGACUAUCUCAAAACACUGUCCUGGAUAGAUGGAAUCGACUUCAGGCAGAGCUAGACACAUGGUUUCUUGCGUUACCUGACACGUUCAAGCCUGGUGCUAGGAUCGACUCGCUCCCAGUACCUCACCCUUCACAAGACGUAUGUCCAUUCCAGGAGAUUUGGUACAGCAUUCCAAUGUGUGCCUCAGCGAUGCAACACUAUCAUAUGGCCCGCAUUCUCCUACUCAUCAAUAAGCCACACGAGUCAACAGCACGCAGAAGUACUGUUACAGACCGACUAAACUUCUAUCGAUCCAUUGGGAAGGAGAUUCAAAACCAUAGCCGUGAAAUCUGUGGGAUAUCUGCUUCCCGGCUCGAAGCAUCUGCACGCAUUCAUUCUAUUCAGCCAUUAUUUGUCAGUGGCCAAUGUUUGACCGGUGAGUUAGAACGGAAGGCCAUUCUACAAAAUCUCUACAGAAUCGAGGCAGAUCUCGGCUGGGCUACUAAGUAUCGUGUUCAACAACUCCUUAGGGAAUGGAAUAGGGGAGUGCAAGUAGAAGAGGGGUCGAUAGUUAAGGGACGAGGAUAG